UGCUUUUUAUUCCAGCCCAACAAAAUUCAACUCAUUCCAACAAUAAAACCAAGCCUCCCCAUUUUCAGCAAAACCCUAACCCUAGAUCGACCCAGCCGCUCUGAAGACACAGAGCUCCUUCAUCUCAGGGUUUCAAUGGCGAAGUCGAAGAACCACACGGCCCACAACCAGUCCUACAAGGCCCACAAGAACGGCAUAAAGAAACCCAGGAAGCACAGGAACUCCUCAACCAAAGGGAUGGACCCUAAGUUCUUGAGGAAUCAGAGGUACGCGAGGAAGCACAACAAGGCGAACGGAGGGUCUGGAUCUGAGAAAGAGGAGUAGAGCUUGAACAGUGUUAGGUUCUACGUUUCGUUGAUAUUAUGCUUUAAUUUGAUAUCUUAUGUUUCCUUAAAAGUUGGAUUAACGAUUGAUCUUAUGCUUAUGUUUUUAAUAUGCUACUGCUGAAUUGUGGGAUGUUUGAGUAAUUACAUCAUUUCGCAUUAGACCUAUUCCGGGUUUUCA